AUGAAUAUUAUUGAUCAAUUCACUAAUGCAUGGAAAGUUUUUUGCAGACCUCCCAGGCAAACAUAUUCUGUUUUUGAUUUAGGCCCACCUUUGUUUCAAACUAAGCUUUACAAAUGCAAAAGACAUGAAUUUAAAGUUAAAAAUAGCAGAGGACAUACUCUUGAAUGCUCUUUCUAUGAACCAGUUGGAAUAUAAAAUCCUGAGUGUAUUAUUUACUUACACUGCUUUAAUGGAUCUAGAAUAGAAAGUAUAAAAUUUGCGGAGCCAUCAAUUUCUCGUGGAUGUGCUUUUUGUUGUUUCGAUUUUAGCGGGAGUGGAUUAUCAGAAGGUGAAUAUGUCUCUUUGGGAUACUAUGAACAAGACGAUGUGUAAGUAGUUGUGAAUCAUUUAAGAAGCUAAUUUAAUGUAAAAUCUAUUGCUUUAUGGGGUAGAUCUAUGGGAGCAGUUACAGCUCUGCUUUAUACAUAAAAAUAUCCUACAGAGGUUUAAGCAUUAGCAAUAGAUAGUGCUUUUGUAAGUAUGUGGGAUGCAGGUGUUGAAAUAGCUGAUAAAAAAGUCAGCUUACCAACUUUUAUAAUUAAGGGAUUGCUUGAGUAUGUAAGGAGAUAAAUUAAAUAAAAUGCUGGUUAUGAUAUGGAAGACGUUAAUACAAUCAAAGAUAUUUAAAAGUGCCUUAUGCCUGUGCUUUUUAUAGUUUCAAAAGAGGAUAAAUUAGUUUCUUUUGAAAAUUCUUAAAAGCUGUUUGAGAAGUAUCCAGCAAAUGCAAAGAAAAAUAUUCUAUAUGUUAAGGGUGACCAUAAUGAAUGCAGAAGCUGGGAAGAUGUGUUAAAAAUCGCUGAUUUUUUGUCAGGAUCAAUCAAAACCGAAAGUAAAAGCGACAUCCCUCAAAACAAAGAGAAUUUCCACUUAAUCUAAGCUGAAUAAAGUAACUAUAACACUCCUAAUAAUAGAGAAGAAUAGAAACAAUAAAAUGUGAUAAAAUUAAUUCAUUAUCAGUAGUAGUAAGCUAAUGCGAAAUAAAGUGAUCAAUCUCCUCCAAAUAAUAUCUAAUUGCAUAAUUCAAGUAAUCAAAGAUCACCAAGCGGUAGUAUUAGCUCUGAAAGCCCUGCUAAUUAAUUAUAUAGGAUGCCUUAAAGCCAUACACAUUCAUAUCACACAUCACAAAUAGUUUAAUAAAACUAAACAAUCACUCAUCAUUACAUCCUUCACAACUAAUAAAACCCUCAACCACAUCAUCAUUCAUAGCACCAAAGUUUAAGCAGACCAACAUCUUAACUCUCUAACUAAAAAGAACAUUUCAAUUUUAGCAAUAGUUAAUAAUCUGUAUAAGCCAAAAAACCUCUUCACUAACACUCUACAAGCAAUAUUACUGCUGACCAUUAUAAAUAGCUAGGCACUGUUGGAGCAGUAAGUGAAGAAAAAAAUCAACCAAUUAUUGAUUAAAAUGAUAUAGAUAACAACCCACUUGUUUAACAACUUCUCAAAGAUUUAAUAUAAAAGAAUUAUGCCAGCGAUUUUAAAGCUCCUAACGAAAUAUCAUAGCUCCCCUAUUAAAAUUCACCAUUAAAUUAAGCAUAACAAUUUUAGCAAUAACCAGAUCAAAAAAAUGUAAACUUUACAUAAAAAAUGAACGAGCUUGAGUAUAAGCAAUAGUUUGUUUUAAACAAAGGUAUUUAAAAUUUGCAAAGUUAAUUGCAAGUUUAGUAAAGUUUAACAAGUAGUUAAAUAAACCUUAACUCUAAUUCUUAGAUUAAUUCAAAUUAAAUUUCCAAUUAAACGCAAAACUUUAUGAGCAUACCCCUUCCAGAUCCCUAGCAAAACAUAGGCAGUAGGAAAAGCAGUGUUGUUUCACCAACAAAUAUGGAUAUGAAAACCUCAAAUAUUCCUGAUGAAAUGCAUGAAAUUGAUUUCCCAAAAGCAAAAGAUUUUAGAACAAAAUAAAAAAUCAACAAUUAUACUUUCUAGCUGCAUCCUCCUAUGAAUACAUUUUCCAGCUCAACAGUAGCAACAACAAAAGAUUAUAAUAUCUAACAAAGCACACCUUAAAAUGAAUCGACUUAAAGAAAGUAGUCUAUUUUGCUUGAAAAUAAUUACAGUAAUUAAAUACUUUAGCUUUCACAGAUUAAUCCAGCAUAGUAAUAUGUUCCAAAAUUAAAUCACAAUUCAGCCUUUUCCACUUUAAAUAAUUCACCUUAAUUCUUUAACGAUAAAACUUCAGUAUCCCCAAGAAAAUAAUUACAGAACUUACCAACAACAAACAAAAACUUGUCAUAAAUAUAAGGAGAAGAUUCUAUAAAUGUACCAAACUAAAAUACAUAUCCACAAAAUAACUUCAUUAGUACUCAACCUUAACAGCAAUUCUUAGUUUAAUAAUAAUAGUCGCAAUAAUUAUAGUAACAGCAACAGCAGUUGCAACUUAAUUAAGGAAAUAAUCUGUUAUAGAAUCCACAUUAGAAAAAAUGGAGCCAAAAUAAUGAAAAUUCCAUUUAAAAAGCUAAUGUUUAGAACACACAAGAAGAAGAAGAUUUCCAUAAUUUACCACAAAGCACUUUGACUAUUAAUCUGAAAUAAAAGAAGAGACAGUCAAUUGAUUACUCUGUGAGUGUUAAUUUGCCUUAAACUGAAAGGUAAAAUACUUCUGAUGCUGAAUAGAGAAAAUAGCAAUUUGAUAUCUAGUAAAGAAAAUCAACACUUGAUAACUUAUUGUAAAAGCCUUUAGGUAACCAGUAGAAAACCAUAUCUUCAAACAAUAUAAUUGACGUGCCAAGUGAAUUAGAAGGUAGUAUGAUGCUAAAUUCAGGUAUGAGAGCUGAAUAAAGGAGUACUGUAUCUAAUAAUAUAAAAUAAAAAUGCAUGAAUAAUUCAACUCAUCAAUCAGCUUCUAUAGUAAAAGUAAAUCAUUCUCAACAUUAAGAUUCUAGCUAUGUGAUUUAGAAUUUGUAGUAAUCUUAGCAAGCCUUUUAAAAUCUUUUCUCUUCUAAUAUUUAGCAGUAAUAGAUAAACAUGUCAUAGAUUUAAAAUUAAGAUAUUUAACAAGGAUAAAAUGAUUAACAGUAAAUGCAAUAAUUUUUUAUGCAAUAGCAAUAGUUAAAACAGUAAAUUCUUCCACUAAUCCUUCAGUAGUAAGAAGAAAUUAAGUAGUAGUAGCUAAAGUAGCAACAAGAAAAAAUAUAAUAAGAAAGCUAAAAAAAUCAAUAGAAUUAAUAAGAUGAGGCAAGCUUUGGUAAGUAAGGCAGAAUUCCAGGAUUGUCUUAAGAAAAAUUCAGGAAUGAUAAAUCAAACGAAUAAUAAUCCAGAUAGGGAAAAUUUGUAGACAAAUCUUAAUUUGAUAGGAAUAAGUCAAAAGAAAUGAGCUAAGAUUAAAAGCACAAAGAAAAAUAUAAAAACGAAUUAUAAUAAUUAUAGAGAGCAGAAGAAUAGAUUACACAACUAUAAUAAAAUAAUUAUUUUAUUAACGUAGGCAGCAAGCAAUAAUAUCAAAAUGAGUCAAAGCAAUCUUCUUUCUAACAGUAAGAAACAUUUUCAUACUUAUAAUAAGAUCAAAAUAAAACUGGUAGUAACAGCAACUCUUAGAAUAAUUCAAUAUUCCAACCUUCUACCAAUACCACAAAGGAUCAAAGAUUUAUACAAGAUUUAAGCUCAUAAAUAUUUUAGCAACCUCAAAUUUCUGGUGCUGCAACUAACUCACCAUUAAAUAGAUUUUAACCUUUUUCUAGUAAGAGUCAUCAGUCUAAAAAUAGCUCUCAUGUUUUUAGAUAUAAAUUAGACAUUGAAAAUAUAUUAAAUAAAAACUAGUCAUAAAAAAGUUAACUUAAUAAUUCAUUUUUGAAUUAACAAAGCUUAUCAAAAGAGAGAGAUUCUAAAAACUAGCAAAAUUACUCAUCUAAUCAACUCAACAAUUAUCAUUAACAGUCUUUAGAUUUCUAAAAUUAAAAUUAACAAAAAGAAAAGCAGUAAAAUGACAAAAAAGAAUUAAUUCGAUAUGACUCUUUAAAUGAUGAGCCUAAUUCAUAGAAAACUAGAUUAAAUACAUCAUAAAUUAGUCACGGUAACAACAGUAUCAGCGCUUUAAAUGGCAAUUCUAGUUUUCAAUAAACUACCCCAAAUCAAAAUUCUAUUCCCUUCAGCUAACUGCCAAAAAGCAGCUAGAAAGUUAUAGAAUAGUAAUAAUAAUUUAUUUAAUAGAAAAUGUAGAAUUAAUAAAAUAGAUAAGGUUAAUCUCCUUCUAUGAAUUACAGUCGUGGCUUAAACUAAAUUGCUACUCCUUCUAAUUAAAAGCAAGGUAAUUAAGUUAAUAAUUCUUCUGCUUCUUCUUUUAAGCAAAACGGUCAUAAAAACCAGAAUGACUCUCUAGAAAUGAAUAGAUAGCAAAUACAACAAUCAUAAAUUCAAAACAGACUCACAAAAGAAUAGAGUGAAACAUUUAAUUCAAAGUAUUAAUAAUAUGUCAAUGGAUUGAGCUUAAACACUUAUGGAAAAAUCUUAACUCCAACUAAUCUCUUUUCUAGCAAACAAGAAAGUAAACAGCAGCAAAAUAAUAAUUCUUAGCAAUAGCUAACAAACCACCAAAAUAUUUAACAAAUUUAGUUAAAUUCAAAUCUGACACAUUCAGUAUCUAACACUAAAAUGUAUGUACCUAAUCCAUCAGAUCACUCCAAACACAAAAUUUUACAAAAAUCUCUAAAAGAUAAAAAACCUAUUGAAGGCCAAUCUUCUACAAAGGGAAGUUACUAGCAAUAAUUAGAUUUUAACUAAAAAGCGACUAAUCCUAAUAGUGCAAUUGUGCACUCUCUUUCAUAGGAAGAUUAUGCUAAAUUAAAAAAAAAAUAGGAUAUGAUGAGUUACAUCUAAAAAAAUCGAAACAUUGCUAUGAAUAUAGAUCCUUAACAAGGACAAAAUGCUAACUCAUAAACUGAUGAAUCUUUUAAUAAGAAUCAGUUUUAAAAUAUCUAGAAUCCAAAUCAUAAAAAUAGAUUUAUCAAUAACAAUAAUUUGGAUAGCUAAGAUUAGUUUAGCUCAAGAUAAAUAGAGCCUUUACAAUCAAGCUAAUCUCCUCUAAGCAGAUAACUAGGAAAAUACAGUGGUAAUUAAAAUUUCGAUGGAAACAUCUCUAAAAAAGCUUCCUAGGCAUCUUCUUCAACAAAUGCAGCAGGAUUUUUUUAAUAUAAAAACAAUAAUAGUAGCAGUACACUGAAUGCUAUAGAGUAAUAUUAAAAUAGUAAAAUUAAUAACCCAUCAAGUUUGAGCCCAAACUAACGUCUAGUAACAUACUCAGCAUCUUCAACAACCUCAUAAAAAUUUGCGUUCAAAAAUAGAGUUAAUUAAGCCACAAAAGUUGUCCAAAUUCAACUUGGCGACAAAAGAUAAGGAGAUCAAUGUAGCUUUGAAGGACACAAUAGCUCAAUUAACAACUCCAACAUAAUGUAAUAUUAACAACCUAGUCGCUCUUCAUAAAGUCCAAACCACAGACUGUUCUAAAAGCAGUGA